UGUACCCUCCCAGGUACUGCUUUUGGGAAGAAUCAACAAGAAAAUUAGAUCAACUGCUUGAAGAAAAAAUGGCAUGGCUCUGAAAUAACUUUUGCAGGUGGAGCCUGUGCCUAGCCUGGCAUGAGAACUUAAGAACUGUUAUGCAAAUGUGAUGAGAGUCAAGUCCAAGGGGGCCACAGGGGCCAAAUGAGCAUACAUUUCUUUCUCUAACUUUCAUUUGUUCGAAAACCUGGGAAAAAACAAGCAACCUUUCCAGUCAGAAGGAUUUUGAAGAUUUGAACUCUGGUCUUUGAAGAAAAAGAUGAAAUAACUGCAGAGAGUACUUCUCCAGAUGCUACCUCCAUGUGCUCGUCAGCUGCCCUGAGGCUCGCCCUGGGGGAACUUCUUUUGGGCUGGCAGGCCGUCCUCAGCUGCAGGCACUUUUUUGUUCCCUCCAGCUAAGGGACUUUGAAAGGUCUGUAGUUUUUGAAACAAGAUGGAAUAUUUCAAAUUUGUAUCCUAGGACACUUAAGAACUUGGAUUUGACUUCACAGGACAGUUAUACAUUAAGUAACGAUCAAGUGCUCACAAGGUUAAAUUUCAGGAAAGCCCUCUUGGAUGCAAGACAAAGGCGGGGUGUAAAACGAAAACAAAAGUAGACUGAGUUGGAGAGGUCCUUUGAUUUUACACUCUGCAUUCAAGACUGCGCCUCUCUGCCCACUGGAACAGAAUUACAGCUCUGCACACAGACCUGUAAAAACAAAGGAUGAAAAACUAAUCUUGGGAAUAUACUCCCAUGUGGCUUCCAUUAAAGAGAUUCAUGCUCAGGUCGGAGCCAUGGCUUUGGAACACAACCAGUCAACAGAUUACUAUUACGAAGAAAAUGAAAUGAACAGCACUCAUGACUAUAGUCAGUAUGAAGUGAUCUGUAUAAAAGAAGAGGUCAGAAAUUUUGGAAAAGUCUUCUUACCUGCCUUCUUCACAGUAGCUUUCAUCACUGGGCUUGCUGGCAAUUCCAUAGUGGUGGCGAUUUAUGCCUAUUAUAAGAAGCAGAGAACUAAAACAGAUGUGUACAUCCUGAAUUUGGCCGUGGCAGACUUACUCCUCCUAUUCACCCUGCCUUUUUGGGCAGUCAAUGCGGUUCAUGGGUGGGUUUUAGGGAAAAUCAUGUGCAAAGUUACUUCAGCCUUGUACACAGUCAACUUUGUCUCUGGAAUGCAGUUCCUGGCUUGUAUCAGCAUAGACAGAUAUUGGGCAGUAACUGAAGCCCCGCAUCUUUCAGGAGCGGCAAAACCAUGCUGGCUCAUCUGUUCCUGUGUCUGGAUGGCUGGCGUCUUGCUAAGUAUACCACAGCUGGUUUUUUAUACAGUCAAUCACAAGGCUAGGUGCAUUCCCAUCUUUCCACACCACCUAGGGACGUCAAUGAAAGCAGCAAUUCAAAUGUUGGAAAUCUGUGUCGGAUUUGUAGCACCCUUUCUUAUCAUGGGAGUUUGCUACUUUGUCACAGCAAAGACACUCAUCAAGAUGCCAAACAUUAAAAAAUCUCGACCCCUCAAAGUUCUGCUCACAGUGGUUGUAGUUUUCAUCGCCACUCAGCUGCCUUAUAACAUUGUCAAGUUCUGCCAAGCCAUCGACAUCAUCUACUCUGUGAUCACCGACUGCGACGCUAGCAAACGCAUGGAUGUUGCCAUCCAAAUCACAGAGAGCGUGGCGCUCUUUCACAGCUGUCUCAACCCAGUCCUCUAUGUUUUUAUGGGAGCCUCUUUUAAAAACUACAUUAUGAAAGUUGCCAAGAAAUAUGGGCCCUGGAGAAAACAAAGAGAAAAUGUGGAGGAGAUUCCUUUAGAUUCUGAAGACCCCACAGAGCCAACCAGUACUUUUUGCAUUUAAAUGUAAAACUGCUCUGUCUCUGGCUUCAAUACACAUGAAUGAUGCUUCUCCCUUAGACAGACCAUCUGCAUCACUCUGAAACUCAAAUCUCAAACAUUAUGGUGGCAACUUAUAACAAAGAAGAGGCUGGGGUGGGAAAGGAGACAGAGUAGAAGCCAAGGAGAAGAGGAAACAAUAAUAAAUGCACAUAACAUGAAAAUUAAAGUUAAUAUAGGAAAAUAGUGAAAGGCAUAAAUAAUAAAAACUCUGUGCUAUAAGUUAGGCCAUCUAAAACAGAUGAAUAAAGAGGCUUAUAUUAAGGAGCAUUUAUAAUUAUCUUUAAUUAUCUUAAUUUUAACCUAAGAAUAAUGUCCCUGCAUAAUUUUAGUACUUGUAUUACUGUGCAGCAAAAAGUAAUGUAUUUUUUCUUCCUGUUUCUUGAUUUGUAAGUUAUUUCAUAAACUCUAAGAAAGAAUAACAAUAAGCAACCAAAAAAAUACAUAAAAAGCUUUUCUCUUCCUUUUAAUACAUUUGUGGUACGUUUCUAAACACACAAUUUGCUUCCAUGGUGUCAACUUCCUUUAGUAACAAACUAUUUAUCUUGUUAAGAGUUAUGAUGUCUAGAAACAAUCCUCAGAUAAUCAUUCUUAUCUAGGUCCCAGUUUUUAUCACUUCCUAAAAGGCUAAUCCAUUUAUGUGGAGUCUAUUAUUGAUGGUUAACUAAAAAAUAUAUUUUCUUAUGUAUAAAAAUUCCUAUUUUUUGCUUAAACACUUUUAAGCACUUUUAAGUGUUUUUGAAAACUUUUCAUAUUUAAUGAAAAUAUCUACCAGGAUAAAUUACUUUUAGUGAAUGCACAUCUUCUAAAAAAUAAUUACAUAUAAAUUAUUUUGGUCAAUGUAGCAUGCCUCUAUUAAAAUAUAAUUUUAGUAGAAAUUACAAUGGUCAAAAAUACUGUGCACUCAUGAAUUUUCUCUUACACACUGUAAAAAAAAGACUUUUUCUGCUCUUAAAAUGAAUAGCAUUUAAUCAAGACAUGCUAUUCUAAAAUUAUUUUUCUUUUUAUCAACUAUUUCUCAAUUUGAAAAUGCUUUCAAAGGCAGAAUUUAAAGAACUGUGAGCAUGAACUAGUAACUGUAUCAUACUGUUCUAACACGGUCUGCAUACUUAACCACCCCUCCCUCCACCAUUUCUUGACAUUAAUUACAUUGCUAUCUCCAUCCUGUCACAUGCUACAUUCACUAUUUGUGGCAUCACUUGAAGCUACAUUGGGCUCUGUAAAAUAAGCGGAGGCUGAGUGCACAUGCAGGCAGAUACCAUCAGUUUACAGAAGAAACUUAGAUAAACAAAUGUGAACUCUUUGAGGACAGAGGCAUCUCUGUCCUAUUCAUCUUCCUACCUUUCCCCCAUUCUACCCUGGUUUUCCCAUAACCUACACAUAGUAGGAAUUCAAUGAAUGUGCAUCGGAAGAAUGAAGGAAUGAAGUAUUCAGAACACUGGGGAUCAGCAAUCUGAAUUGUGCUCUUGGCUUCCUCAUUGAUACGUGACUUGGGAUACAACUCAAUCUUUUCUCCGAUCAUAAGUAGAUUAAAAAUAUUGUUCUUAUGUUCCACAGUAAAAAUCUGUACUAAAUAUCUGCAAGCCAGAUUUCCCCACCAUAUAGUUUACUAUCUUAACUCUUAGCUAUGUUUUACAAAUCCUAUCAGGAAUGCUUUCACUGAUUUAUUUAUUUUGUAUUCUGUGGAGCCUGCUCAGCACAGUGUCUUCAGGAAGGUCUCCACGGGACACCCUCGAAGACUGCUUCCUUGCAUGGCCUCCAGGCUAGCUCCUAAUCACAGUGACCUGCACCUGGUAAUCUCUACUCUGUUAAAUGGUCGCCUCAGAUAUUUCAUGUGUCCUCUUUCUGAACUGAAGGACUCAGUUCCUUUAGAAAGGGAACUGGUACUUACUUUGUGACCUCCAGUUAGUGCUUUGUAGACAGCAGAUCAAACUGCAGGUAUUCAAUAAAUGUCUCCAGCUGAUUUAAAUGGAGAUUAGUUUGCUUUUGUAAGUGUAUACAAUGAUAUAAAAGACAA